AAAACAAAACAAAAAUUUUCAUCAACAAAAAAAAUGUCUUAUGCAACUAUUGAACAUGAUGAUGAUGAUUUCACUCCAUUAAGUGAAGCAAUUGAUCAAGCUAUUGAAUGUGUUUUAGUUGUUGGCGAACAAUUGUUCGAAGAUAAAAUUAAAUAUGGCACCAAGUUUGAUGAUAAUGACAAACAACUAUUGCAAGAAACAAUGAAUAUAAUUCUCAAUUCUAAACAUCAAUACAGGUUACAAUAUAAAGUUUUACGAUCAAUCAUCAAUCAGAUUGAAUCUGAACAGCGCACAUCGGAAGAUCCCGAUCAGCUAUCGGAUAUUAUUGGACAAAUGGAUAAAUAUGCUGAUAUAGAACAAGAAUUUGAUGAACACUUUCAACAAUCCCUUCAAAAUAAUACCUUUGAUAUUAACAAUCAUGAUGCCUAUAGAAAAUUACUUCGUUGGAUCGACGAUGAUGAUCAUCAUGAAUCAGAACAAAACAUUAGUGAUGAUGUCGAAAUGAUGGAAUCAGAAGAAUUUACCAUACCCAUUGAUCCGAUAUGUAGAACCGAAAUUAAUAUUCCAAUUCGUAAUAAACAAUGUGGCCAUCUUUAUGAUAAAGAAAAUUUGUUCAAUCUAUUCAGAAAUAAUAGUACAAUCAAAUGUCCGGUUUCAGGCUGUUCGAAUAGAAAAGUAACCGCCAAUGAUGUUGAAGAAGAUUCUCGACUACGAAUUUUGAUUGAAAAAGCUAGAGAAAAGGAAUGAUUGCAAUGUGUGUAAAUAUUAUAAUAAUAAUCAUUGAGUGACGACAAAAAAAAAUUCAUUUUACAUAAUAAAAAUCACAGUUCAGGUUUCA